UUCUUCUCCAAGACGACAUCCCCUGGGCAGCCAGUCACCUUUCCAGGUUUGCCGCCUUCCUUUACCGCCCCUGAACCGCCUUAAGUAACAUAAGGAAUCCAUAACAGGCUCCGGCUCGCCUGACCUCUUCUUUCUAACUGCGCCACUCGCGGUAGCUGCUGUGGAAAAGCAACCAGGCAGCAGCGACCCAUUUCCCUUUUCAAACUUCAUUCGGCCAUUGGCGCCUUUCUUUGUCUGUUCAAUGCUAGCCCUGUUUCUAUUGGGAGGGGGAAGCAGCGCUCGCAGGCAGCGGUCCCGCCUUCCUUCUUCCUCCUCCCCCUACCACCCCGGCUCUCUCAAGUGACUAGCGCUGAGAGGUAAAUACAAGUAGCAUCUCAAAAUGGCGGAGUCACCGAGUCCUGUACGAGGUGCGAUGGUAGCGCCGCUGCCGCAGCCGGAAUCCUUCGCUUCAAACCUGGCAGCGGACAGUAGGGCCUCUCCGCGUGGCUUCCAGCCAGCCGCCAAGCGCAUGAAGGGAACAGAAGAGCGGGGCCUCAAGGGGCCUAGGCGCGUUAACGGCGAGGGCGGCGGCAGUAACAGGCAGCAGCAGCAGCAGCAACCGCCGCACAUACCAGUGGCUCCAACCCCGGCAGGUCACGGAAGCCCUGCUGUGUGGAGCUUCACAGCGUUCUCUUCGGGAGUUGGCGGCGGCAACAGCACAACCAGCGGCGGGUCCUUCGUUUUCCCGCCUCAAUUGCCCCACAAGUUGCUGUUGCCGCCGCCCUCUUCUCACUCCCAUUGCUGCCUCGCCGCAGGCGUUGAUGGAGGCGGCAGUAAUAGUACCAGCACUAGUGCCAGUCGCAGCAGCAAGACCAAGAGGCCCAAGGAAAAACGGGACAAGGAGAAGAGGAAACUUGGGUCCCUGCCUGUGUCGGCAAUGGUGGGAGGAGGCGGCGUCGGCCUGAGCGCGACUGGCCGGGAGGAAAACGGCGACGUGAAAAUGCUGCUCCUGCAACAGCAGCCGCCGCACCACCGCCACCACAACCAGGAAGAUCAAAUCAUCAGAGACAAAAUCACAGAAAGGGACAAGGAAAAGCAGAAAGAAAAGAAAAAGCACAGAUUAAUGUCUGAAAUUAAGAAAGAGAAUGGAGAGAUGACAUUAUUUCAGAAAGGCACGAAGGAGAAACCAAAAAGCAAUGCAGAAGAUCUACAGAUUAAAAAAGUAAAGAAGAAAAAGAAAAAGAAACAUAAAGAGUGUGAAAAAAGGAAGUGUCCAAAAAUGUACAGUAAAUCUAUUCAGACCAUCUGCUCGGGAUUGCUUUGUGAUACUGAGGAUGAAGAUGCCAAAGGCAUAAUCGAAAAUCAUCUUAAGGAUUUCAGUGGAAAAAAUAUGGGUACCAAGAAGGACUCUGAGUACAAGAUACCAGAGAACAGAGAGUUUCCAUUUGUCUCGUUAAAGGAGCCACGGGUUCAAAAUAAACUUAAAAGAUUGGACAUGUUGGAGUUCAAACAGUUCAUUCAUAUUGAGCACCAGCCUAAUGGAGGUGCUUCAGUUAUCCAUGCCUACAGUAAUGAACUCUCCCACUUGUCUCCUGUGGAGAUGGAGAAAUUUGUGGAAGAAUUUGUGGGUCUGGCUUUUAGUGAAAAUGAAAACUGUGCAGCUUACUAUGUAAUGGGAAUUGUUCAUGGGGCAGCUACUUACUUACCUGACUUUUUAGACUACUUUUCAUUUAAUUUUCCCAAUUCACCAGUGAAAAUGGAGAUAUUGGGAAAGAAAGAUAUAGAGACAACGACUAUGUCAAAUUUUCAUGCUCAGGUAAAAAGAACAUAUUCCCAUGGUACAUACAGAGCUGGCCCCAUGAGACAAAUCAGCUUGGUUGGAGCAGUGGAUGAGGAAGUGGGAGACUACUUUCCAGAAUUCCUUGAUAUGCUGGAAAAAUCACCUUUCUUAAAAUGUACCUUGCCAUGGGGGACGCUUUCUAGUCUGAAACUAGAGAGUCGUAAAGAUAGUGAUGAUGGUCCUAUUAUGUGGGUACGUCCAGGAGAGCAGAUGAUCCCUGUGGCAGAUAUGCCAAAGUCACCUUUCAAAAGGAAAAGAACAACCAAUGAAAUAAAAAACCUGCAGUACCUACCUCGUACUAGUGAGCCUCGUGAAAUGCUUUUUGAAGACAGGACACGAGCCCAUGCAGAUCACAUAGGACAAGGCUUUGAACGACAGACUACAGCUGCUGUAGGAGUAUUAAAGGCAGUGCAUUGCGGAGAGUGGUCUGAACAACCUCGUAUAACCAAAGAUGUAAUUUGCUUUCAUGCGGAAGAUUUCUUAGAGGUAGUUCAACGAAUGCAACUAGAUCUGCAUGAACCUCCACUUUCACAGUGUGUCCAGUGGGUUGACGAUGCAAAACUUAACCAAUUACGAAGGGAAGGCAUUCGAUAUGCCAGAAUUCAGUUGUAUGAUAAUGAUAUUUAUUUUAUUCCAAGGAAUGUUGUACAUCAAUUUAAGACAGUUUCAGCCGUGUGCAGUUUGGCUUGGCAUGUUCGGCUCAAGCUUUAUCAUUCAGAGGGAGAUAAUCCAAGCAUCUAUGAAACGGGCCUACCAACAGAUCACACAACUUCUGUUACAGGACUUCAAAUUGACAAUGUAAUGCAUACAGCAACUAUAAAUGUCUCUGAAGACACCAAAUUUUCAGGCAGCCUGCAAACUAAAUUUGUCAAACAGGAAUUACCAUGCACGCAACAUGAACCUGCUGCAUCUCUCCGAAAUAAAGAGGAACCAGUUAUUGUUAAUCUUCCUGUAAAGACAAUAGCGCCUAAUGUUAUGGAAUGUCAGAAUGUUAAAGUAAAGCUGGAUCAUGGUCAGUUGACAGGGUCUAAGUUUGAAACUGUGUCUAAAUUUGAACUUGAAGACAAAGACUUACAGAGCAGCUUGUGUCCAGAAGGUCAUAUCAAUUUGGAGGAUACGAGACAAAGCGGUUCAGCAUAUCCAAGUCUGCAUGGCAAACAAGAAGAUGACUUUUUGUGUUGAAGUUAUUGUGUGUAUAUAUUUUUAAAUUCCUUUUUAAACAUAAUAAUGUAAAGAUGCUUAAAUUCUGUGAGGUAGGUUUGUUACUUGCCUCACAUCUGUUACAGAAAAAUAGUUUAUGUAGCUUUGUAACAUUCCUCAGUGCCUGUCCAUAACUGUGAAAGUAUCAAAGCACUUAGGGCCAGAUGCACUGUAAACACUGCAGGUGUAACAUAAAUAAGUCUUUAAAUAUGAGUUGUAGGUUUUAGACUAGAGCUGACAUUUAACAUAUAUUUUUUGUAAGAUAAGCCAGAAUUCUUUUUGACAAUUCCAGGCUUUUCCAUAGAGCUUAUUUAUACCAAUUUCUUUUUUCUUUUUAAUGUGUCAGCACUGUAGUGUAAAUAGCUUUUUUUAAAAAAAUCUUUUUAGUGUGAUUUAUAUUGAAAUGUGAGCCACUUAAUAAAGGUUCAUAAUAAUAAUGAGUUUUAUUUUUCGGUCUCUUAAAAGAAAACUAACCUCAGAACUUCUAAGAUAAUUUUCGAAAUACUUAAUCUUGCAAGAAAGUGAAUACUCUUACAUAGAACAAAAUGCUUAGAACUUUAAGUUAAGACACAAUCUUGAUUUUGAAUUUUCAGAAUCACUUUGGAAGUGAACUUGGAUGAGUAGUUCAUGUAGUGGUUAAACAUGCAAUGAACUUCUCUUGUCAUAUUAUCUUGCAUUGACAGGUACUUUGCUCACAAUACAGUUGUGUGAUAAACUUCAGAGACCCCACUGCUUCCUUGCUAUAUAAAAAGAGAUAGACCAGUAAUUAGGGAAAGUUUGUUAAAAAACAACCAACGCCACCACACACUAACAAACAUCAGUUAGAAUGCUUUUACAUGCUUGUAACCACUGGGUGUAUUUUUGACAGUUUGUUUUGCAACCUGAAAGCUCUGGAAAGGAACAGCAGACAGGUAUUUGCAAGGAUGGAAGGCAAAGAGUGUGUGUGACCUACCUCACCUCUGAAGGAAUCCAGUUUAGCUGAAACUACAUGCAUAUUUUUAUGCUUUAAUCCACAACCACGAAGGGGAACAGUCAGAAACUUGGACUUUUUGAGAUUUUGAAGAGAAGCGGUACAUAAUCAUACAAUAAUCACUAUACUUUUUAAGCACUUGCAUAAUUACUGCUAAAAAGCCCCUUGAUGAAAUGUGUGUACUAAUGCACAAUUAUGCAUUAGGGCUGUAUUGUAGAGUUUUUAUUAUUUUGUUAUUAGCACUUGGAUUACUGAGCUUGAUGCAGCCUUGUUGAGUUUGCCCAGCCUGCUAAGCCUCAUAAGUUUUAAAAAGAGUUAACAUGGAGUUAACAUGGCCAGUUAACUUAUAACUUCAACUGUUGGCAUUUUUAACAGUACAUGCUAUACUGCCCUUUCAGCUUUAAAAGUAUGAACAGGCUGCAAGACAAAAUGCUGCUAUGAUAAAGUAUGAGGCUCCUUUUUGUACCUAAUGCAUCUUAAUAACAUGAGUUACAAUUUGGGCUCAUCUUCACAUUCAGAAAAACUGAAGGAAAGGUUGUAGCUCAGUGGUAGAGCUCACAGUUUGCAUGUAAGAGUGGCCCCUACUUUAAACCCCAGCAUCUCCAGGUAGGGCUGGGAAAGACGCACCUGAAACCCCAAGAGCUGCUGCCAGUCUGUAUGGGCGAUUGUGAACUAUAUGGAGCAAUGUUGACCUGUGUAUAACACCGCUUUCUAUGGUCAUAGUGGUGUGACUUUUUGUGGAUUGUACUACUUCACAAUGCAGGCUGGUAAGUAAUUAAUGUCAGGGAGUUCUUGAAUGUUCUUGAUCAGGAAAACAUGUUUUAGCCUUGCCUUCUUCCUGAUAAUCUAGUUUUAUAUGUUCAUGGGGUUGUUGACUUGGGAGAGCACUAAAUCAUGCAGUUGUCACCUCUAUUCUGAAGUGGUACAGUCAUAGCAAUACAAUAUGAAAUCAUUUUCGGAGGCGUGGAAAAAGAUUGGCCUUUUGUGGGAAUACAUGAGCUUCUUAAAAUUGCUAGCACAACUCAUAAGGAGCCACUUCUCUAUAUAUCUUUUUGAAGUUCUUGAAAGGGUUGGGAUAUUUUUGGUAGCUUGUUAGCGGAUGGGCUGAACGUGUUAUCUGCUUCUUUAAAGUGCUAAAACCUAGAGCACCCUUUUCUUUUAAGACUCCAGAUUCUUCACUUCAGACCAAGAAGUAAUUGACUAUACCACUUCUAGCUUUUGUUUACUUUCUGAGAUUAUGCUCCGUGGCUCAGAGUGGUAAGCGGUGGUAACGCAGCCGAAGCUCUGCUCACGGCCAGAGUUCGAUUCCAACGAAAAGGAGGAAGUCGAAUCUCCGGUAAAAGGAGUAGAGGUCCACUCAGCCUUCCAUCCAUCUGUGGUCGGUAAAAUGAGUGCCCGGCAUAUGCUGGGGGGGUAAAGAAAGGCCGGGGACGGAACUGGCAAUCCCACCCCAUAUAUAUGGUCUACCUAGUAAACAUCGCAAGACGUCACCCUAAGAGUCAGAAACUACUCGCAUUACAAGUGCGGGGACAUCUUUACCUUUAUCUUCCUCCCAGCUUGCUGCUCUUUACCUGAGCCAUGAGGUAAUUGGGUGUAAAGUACUUCAUUUUAUGAGAUGUGUUUUAAUCCCCUCUCUUUCUUCUCUACUUUGCCCCUAGAUCUUGGGUGGAAACUAGUUCCAGUACCCUCAGUUUGCCCUCUCCCUAUUAAUACAUCCAUUCAUUUAGCAUUCUAUCUUGUAUGCCUCCCAGCUCACUUGAAGACCCUUUGCUUCAAGUGAGAAUUUUUAGAACUUGCAACAAUGCAGUUGGGUCUUGUUAUAGUUUGCAGGAUUUUUUUCUGAACAAAUCUGCAAAUCAACAAUAUCCAGUCAAUUUAAGCUGUUAACCAAAUUUGUGAUUUGCCCCCUUCCCGUAAAUGUUAACAUUUAAAUUGGCUCAGAACUUUUGAGGUUUUAUGUUAUCAAUUGUAAUUCAUCUACUACUGGCCCUAGAAGAUUUUCCAGUCAGAAAUAAAAGUAGAGGUUUUCAACUCAAGGUUAAUAUUUGCAUCAAGAAAUUUCACAGUUGGUUUGGUAGCUAGCAACACCAGUGCAGAUGAUUGGAAGAAUCAUUGAGGUUGCAAUCCUGUGUACACAUACAUACCUGAGAGUAGGUCCCAAUUAACACAGUGGGGCUUAUUUCUGAGUAAAUAUGCAUAAGAUUGUGCUGCCAGAGCAAGUUCUCAGACUUCAACGUUUUUUACAAAAUGGAACAGAUGGCUAUGUUUUGGGAUAAGAUGGAGACACAUAUAUUGUAAACCGCUUACAGGCGCUUUUUUUACAAUCAAGCAGUAUAUAAAUUUUGUUAAAUACUUGCUAGUAAAUCCUAAGGAGAGGGCUUGACUCAGACACAAAUUCUUACUAAUAUGAACGUUAUAGUCUUAACUCACUACUUUCAACCACACUUCUUUAGUGCCUACUGUAGCAAGAGACAUCUAUUGGUAAAUCUAGUUGGUGCACCAUCAAAACAAAUACAAAUAAAAUAAAAUAGCAAAUACGCUA